AUGACUCAAUGGCACCUAACAACAACAACAGAUAUGAAUGUUCGGGAGUCCCUGGGUGGCACAGAUAUUUAAGUGCUGGACUGGUUACGUAAAGGUCAGCAGUUUAGACCCACACAGAGGUGCCUUGGCAGUAAGGCCUGGCAGUCUGCUUCCGAAAGGUAACAGCCUUGAAAACAUUAUGGAGCAGUUCUACUCUGCACAUCGACUUGAUGGCAACUGAACCACAACAGCAGCAAUACGAAUGUUUAGGCCUUUCGGUUAUUUGUGUGCUAUUUCAGUGUCUCAGAAAGGCCUGUAGCACUACCUCAGUCAGUUCUCUCUCACUGUGCCGUGGUCUGCUCACAUUCUCCUUGUUCAUAGUUAUAGUUUCUUUUUUACUAUCAGAAACGCGAAGGUGUUUUGUGUGUUCCCUGAUGUUGGCAUCAUAGUUGAUUUCUGUCAGCCUGUAGACGACAGCAUGUUGCAGACAUUGCCCUCCUUGGCUGUCAUAGUGUGUGUUUCAUGAGCGAUAGAGGUUCCUGGAGAUGGGGUGGGCUUCGGAGCCAGGCUGAGCUGCUGCUCAUCGCGCAAGUCUAGCUUCAUUGUACCGACCUUGCAGGCUUAUGGUGAGGAGUCAGUGAAGUGUUGGUUCAGUGCCUGUUACCCAGGAGGCGUUUAGAAAACAGUGAGCGCGCUGUUGAUUAUUAUUUUCUCCUCCUUCCACCCUAAGUCAUUGGAACAGACUUUCAGAGCUGUCUACCUGCAAAAAUCUCUGUAACUGUUCACUCUGAAAUUCUUAUUUCCUAAAGAUUCCUUAAAGGGGUUGUAAUUCACAGAGGAAGCAGCAUAUUAGGGGUGACUGGGCAACUAAAAAGGAACCCUGGUGGCGCAGUGGUUAAAGCAAUCAACUACUAACGGAAAGGAGAAAGGCCCAACUGACGAAACAUAGUGAUACCAAGGAUUAUUCAGUAUGCAGUUUGCAGGAUGUCCAUGGUGGCAUUGAAAAUGAAUUCUUUAUUUUCACCAGAUACUCUUAUAUGAGAAGAUCCAUUUCAAAAAGUCUAAAUAUUUCUUCUUCUGUUGGACCAGCAUGGCAGGAUUCAAGAGAGGAUAUGACGGGAAGAUUGCUGGAUUAUAUGAUCUGGAUAAAACCUUGGGUCGAGGUCAUUUUGCAGUGGUUAAACUUGCCAGGCAUGUUUUUACAGGUGAAAAGGUGGCAGUAAAAGUUAUUGACAAGACAAAACUGGACACGUUAGCCACUGGUCAUCUUUUCCAAGAAGUGAGAUGUAUGAAACUCGUGCAGCAUCCUAACAUUGUACGCCUUUAUGAAGUUAUUGACACCCAGACCAAACUAUAUCUUAUUCUGGAACUUGGGGAUGGAGGCGACAUGUUUGAUUAUAUAAUGAAACAUGAAGAGGGUCUUAAUGAAGACUUGGCCAAGAAAUACUUUGCUCAGAUAGUUCAUGCUAUAUCUUAUUGCCAUAAACUCCAUGUAGUUCACAGAGACUUAAAACCAGAGAAUGUGGUCUUCUUUGAAAAACAAGGUCUUGUAAAGUUGACAGACUUUGGUUUCAGCAACAAAUUUCAGCCAGGAAAGAAGCUGACUACAAGUUGUGGCUCUCUUGCAUAUUCUGCUCCAGAAAUUCUGCUCGGUGAUGAGUAUGAUGCACCUGCAGUAGAUAUCUGGAGUCUGGGAGUGAUCCUUUUCAUGUUGGUGUGUGGGCAGCCACCCUUUCAAGAAGCCAAUGACAGUGAAACAUUGACAAUGAUCAUGGAUUGCAAAUAUACAGUACCAUCCCACGUGUCUAAAGAGUGUAAAGACCUGAUCACACGGAUGCUACAGAGAGAUCCCAAGCGAAGGGCUUCUCUAGAAGAGAUUGAGAACCAUCCUUGGCUCCAGGGAGUGGACCCUUCACCAGCCACAAAGUAUAACAUCCCCCUUGUGUCAUACAAAAAUCUCUCGGAAGAGGAGCACAACAGCAUCAUUCAGCGCAUGGUGCUCGGGGACAUAGCAGAUCGUGAUGCCAUUGUAGAAGCCCUGGAAACGAACAGAUACAACCACAUCACCGCUACUUACUUCUUGCUCGCUGAAAGGAUCCUGAGAGAAAAGCAAGAGAAAGAAAUACAAACCAGAUCUGCAAGCCCUAGCAAUAUCAAGGCCCAGUUUAGGCAGUCUUGGCCAACCAAAAUUGAUGUACCCCAGGACCUGGAGGAUGACCUCACGGCCACCCCUUUGUCUCACGCGACUGUCCCUCAGUCUCCCGCUCGUGCUACCGACAGUGUCCUCAAUGGCCACAGGAGCAAAGGCCUGUGUGACUCGGCAAAGAAAGAGGACCUCCCUGAACUGGCUGGGCAAGCACUGUCCGCGGGGCCACCCGCAAGCUUGAAACCCACAGCCAGUGGGCGCAAGUGUCUGUUCAGGGUGGAAGAAGACGAAGAGGAAGAUGAGGAGGACAAGAAACCCAUGUCCCUCUCAACACAAGUGGUUUUGCGCCGGAAGCCAUCUGUGACCAACCGCCUGACGUCUAGGAAGAGUGCUCCCGUCCUCAACCAGAUCUUUGAGGAGGGGGAGUCUGAUGACGAGUUCGACAUGGAUGAGAAUCUGCCUCCCAAGCUGAGCAGGUUAAAAAUGAACAUCGCUUCCCCGGGCACAGUUCACAAACGCUACCACCGGAGGAAAAGUCAGGGCCGCGGCUCCAGCUGCAGCAGUUCAGAGACCAGUGAUGAUGAUUCUGAAAGCCGCCGGCGGCUCGAUAAAGACAGCGGCUUCACCUACUCCUGGCAUCGCCGGGACAGCAGCGAGGGGCCUCCUGGCAGUGAGGGGGAUGGCGGGGGCCAAAGCAAGCCGAGCAACGGCAGCGGAGGGGUGGACAAGGCGAGCCCCAGUGAGAGUAACGCCGGCGGGGGCAGCCCCUCCAGCGGCUCCGGGGGCAACCCCAGCAACACGUCGGGCACCACGCGCCGCUGUGCCGGCCCCGUCGGCUCCGUGCAGCUGGCCUCCCGCAGCGCCGGUGAGCUCGUGGAGAGCCUCAAACUCAUGAGCCUCUGCCUCGGCUCCCAGCUCCGUGGCGGCACCAAGUACAUUAUCGAUCCCCAGAACGGCCUGUCGUUUUCCAGUGUGAAGGUCCAAGAGAAGUCCACGUGGAAAAUGUGCAUCAGCUCUACGGGCAACGCGGGCCAGGCCCCUGCCGUGGGCCGCAUAAAGUUCUUCUCUGACCACGUGUCAGCCCCUACCGCCGAGUUGGAGCGGAUAAAGAGCAAGAACCUGAAAAACAACGUGCUACAGCUACCUCUGUGUGAAAAGACCAUCUCUGUGAACAUCCAGCGGGGCCCCAAAGAGGGGCUGCUGUGCGCCUCCAGCCAGGCCAGCUGCUGCCACGUCAUCUGAGGGCGGCCGUGCUCCGUCCCGCUCAGAGCUGUGAAGACCGGCUCACGUCACUGUCCCCUUUUCUGUUGUACUCUUUGCGGUGGGCGCUUGGAGCAGUUAUUUAUUACAUUGUCAUUUGUUCGCCUGACGAUGUGACAAUGCAUGGUCUUUGUGCAUGCUGCUAGACACUUCUUUUCCAGCCGAAAAGUCUAUUGUGUAAUUUUUACUUUUAUAAUUUUAAUGUGGAUGAUCAGGAUUAAAUUAAAAUGUAUAUUUGGAACCUAAUAUAAAUGGAGCACUUAGAAAUUUGAUGUUCUGCACUUAACCUAGAGAGAGAGAAAAAAAAUGCUUUUGUUUCCUUGUGCAAAACCUAAGUUCCUGUCCUGCCGUUCUGUGAUACGGACACUCCGUGCUCUGAGGCGUGCUCUGUGGUGUCUGAGGCAGAACCAAAGCAAUAACGUUGUGACGGGACCGGCCUGGGUGCCGCGAGUGCCGCCCAGCGCGGGCCUGUGCAGAGCCAGCCGAGAGCCGCGAGUGUCUGCACUGGAACCUUAGCACUAUGAUUUGAACAUACCCACACCUGUUUGUCUUAAGCUAUCGUGUGAAAACAAGUUUGGGUUCUUAAAAUUUAACAAAAAAAGAUUUCCUUGUUUUUGUAAUAGGUGAGAUAAAGUACACAGAUUUAUAAGGCAGCUUCCCCUGUAGUGAUAAAUUAAUUAAAAGCAGACAAUCUUAUUUUGUAAUGUGAUGAAGUGAGUUGAUGAUGUCUUAACUCUGCUUAUAGAGUAUAUGUCUGUCUAACAGAAGAACACAGUGCUCUGUGUGAACCCUUCCUGUGGGCACACCCAGGGGUGCCUGUAACACAGUGUAGAUAGACGGUAGGGCCUGGUGUGGGCACAGAGGUGCACACAGACGUUGGCAGAGUUAAACCCCAUAAAUGAAAAACAGAAAAACUUGUUGGGAUCUUUUUAGGAGUUUGGUAAUUAGUUGUCUGUUAUCUCCAUUCUUUUACAUCCUUUGACUCAGCUAUGAAAAUUGGCCAAUCAGAAAAACACAUAAAAGGGUAAAAUUCACACAUGCAAGAAAAAGAAACCCCACAAAGCUUGCUUGUUUUCCCCUCUUCUUUUUUUUUUUUGCUGUUUUUCAUGU